AUGGUUGCAGGAGUUUUCCCGUUCCUCACGCUCCAGAUCACGGGCGCGCAGCAGCACUGGAGCCAUCUCGAGCUCGUCCGGGUCGUCGAGAACGCCCCCGCCUCGCUCGCAGCGACGAACGGGAACGACAACAUACUUUGGUCAUGCAUUAGAAUGCAGGCGUCACCAGGGGCACAUCUACAAAUUGUAGUUCUGCAGGGCGCCCACCGUAGAGCUCGUUCUUAUCAACUAUCACUCGAUAUUCAGCACCCGUCGGUCGAAGUGUUCAACGACGAGCACGACGAGCACCGGGUUCUCCAAUCGUAUACCCGUAUUUCGUCAACGCAACCGGGAAACCCCGCGCAGCUCCUGAGCCUCAUGCAGCCUCUUCUCCCGCCUUCAGUCUCGCCGUGUGUCUACCGAUCUUACUUCUACUUCUACGUACGCAAGCGGGGGUACCCCGUCGCGCCGCCCGAGCUCGAGCUCGAGCAAGUGCACGUCUACAUUCGACAUGGUGUGUGGUACCGUUCCCUGGCUGUAGAUGAUCUCGGUCUUGACGAAUGUCGUGUGCUUGAAUGCGGACCGCAGGUGAACGCACCCCAGUAG